AUGAACGGCGUGUACAGACACCAGGAUUGCGUGAAGAGGAGAUGGGGGGGUGAAGAGGGAGAAGAGAGAAGAGAGACGUUGCCGCAGCCGGCGGCGCCCCCCUCCGGCGGGCUGCUAGGGUUUUCUCGGUUGGACGAUGCGGCGGCCUCCUCCGCCGCGGCUGUCGUCCCGCCGGUGACUGUGGUGUUCGAGGGUAGCGCCAUCUGCCACCGCAUCCACCUCCACAGCCUCCCCAACUACGAGAGCCUCGCGCUGGCUCUCCGCCGCCUGUUCGUCGACAGCUCCGGCGACGACGUGCCCACCCCGGUGGCCCUCACCAAUGCCGUCCCCGGCCACAUCGUCGCCUACGAGGACCUCGAAGACGACCUCCUCCUCGCCGGUGACCUCAACUGGAAGUAAGUUCCUCUCUCUCUCCCUCUGUCUCUCUCUCUCUCUCUCCCCCCAUCUGUAUCUCUUGCUCAGGGCUUGGUCUUUUCUCCGGCGAAGGGAUUUCGUGCGCGUGGCGAAGAGGAUCCGGAUCCUGCCGGCGAAGGCCAGCCGCCGGAAGCUCUGCGGCACCUGGGGGGUCGUCUGA